GUCAUUUGGGAAGUGAAGCGUCGUGGGUGCUAAAUUUAACUGAAAGUCUAUAACUUAUAGGAGCUGUUUUGUUUUAUUUUAGAUCGUUAUUUUGUUUUCUGUCAUGUUAACAUUUUAAAUACGGGACCAGUCUCCUCACAUACUAUUUAACCGACAGACAACACCUAUCGUCUACCUAGAUCAAUCAAAUCGAUGGUGAUAGACUAGUGGACACUAAAAUAUUUAUACCUCAUUUAUUGAUCAUGCACUGUGGCAAACUUUGAACUAAAGCCUUCACUGCACCUUUUUAGUAGACCCCCUUAAGCUGUACUUAUUAUGUGUUUUUUAAAUAAUUUAAUAGUCGUUAUUGUACCUCGAUGUUUGUUUUUAAACACAAGAACUAUAUGUACAACUAUUUUGGUGUGCCUUUUCCUAAAUCAGGUGCUGUGUGAAGAAUAUCAUUGUGUUUGGUAUGGAGAAUGCUAUACCGAUAAAUCCAACCACAAGAAAAACUGUCCCUAUGAUGGUCCUUCCAAAGAGGUGACCAACUCUACUAGUGUUAAUAUUUUGAAAAAAUGGUGCCCCUUCUUGGUCAACAAUGAUGGCCCCACAACCACUUGCUGUGAUGAUGCUCAGUUGGUAUCUUUUGACCGUGGUGUUAACAUGGCUGCAAAUUUCCUAGCUAGAUGCCCCUCUUGCUGGCACAACUUUUUGUCGUAUUUCUGUCACUUCACUUGUGCCCCGGAUCAGAGCAGAUUUGUUAACGUUACUGAGUUAGGUGUUGUAGGUAAAGGUAUUACGACAGUGGAGGGGCUGGAGGUGUAUGUGUCCGACACCUACUUGUGGCGGACUUACAACGCGUGCAAGGAAGUUUCGGUGCCGUCCACCAAUCAACUGGCUCUGGACAUCAUGUGUGGCCAAUGGGGAGCCAGCCGCUGCUCACCUUACAAAUGGUUUUCUUAUAUGUUUGACCCGAACUUGAACUCCUAUGUGCCUUUAAAAGUUGCCUUCGUGCCUGUCACUUCUGACCAAGAGUUGGUGGAUGGAUUCUCACCACUGGAGCCUGAAACGUUUACCUGUGAUGUUCCAGUCAAUGCUCAGACAUCAGCAUGCAGCUGUAUGGACUGUGAGGCCAGCUGUCCUGCGGCUCCACCUCCGCCUACCCCUGUCGUACCUUGCCUAGUCUUGGGACUGCCUUGUCUGUACGUAGUGAUGGCCACUGUCUUCAUAAUCACCUCAGCUGUAUUCCUUGUCAUUACCAACUACCAACAGAAACUCCAGCUGCUUAUCAAUGACUCAACUCUGGUGCCUAGAUCGUCAAACGAGGACCGGAAUAUUGGCCGAGGUCUGGCCACCAAGAAUCACUCUAACAGUGUGAUACAUGACGAGGAAACCAGUCCUUUACAAUCUAAGCGGUCUAGUCUUACUAGCGAGAAUGCUGAACGAAUCGCAAGGGUUAGCAAUUCAAGUAUGAUCAAACCUGCUUCAAUAUAUGAAAAACUUGGUGCCGAACUAGACAAAUUACUUCAAGAAUCAUUUGAACGCCUUGGCUACUACUGUGCACUACACCCGUGGCGUACGCUGCUCAUUGGUCUGUGUGUGGUGCUGGUACUGGGCCACGGCAGUUUCUACCUGCGUCUGACUACUGACCCGGUGGAACUGUGGGCCUCCCCCUCGUCUCGCAGCAGACAGGAGAAGACCUACUUUGACACUCACUUCACACCAUUCUACCGCACGGAGCAAGUCAUCAUACACGCCGUCCAGCUGGACAGUCUUAUUCACAACUCCUCCAAUGGGCCCAUUGAGUUUGGACCAGUGUUUCACAGAGAAUUUCUUUUAGAAGUACUGAAACUGCAAGAACGAAUAGAAAUGCUGGGCCACGCGGAGGGUGCCGGACUAGAGAAGAUUUGUUUUGCUCCAUUGACGUCCCCGUUCACCGGCCCCACCAGGCUGUCGCAGUGUGUGGUGCAGAGCAUCUGGGGCUACUACUCCAACGACUUGGACGAGUUCAAUACUGAGGACCCGAACAACAACUACCUCGACCACUUCAUCAAGUGUUCUCAGAACAGCUACAGCCCAGAGUGUCUGGCCCCGUACGGUGGUCCUGUAGACCCAGCCAUCGCCCUAGGAGGGUUCCUCAGGCCAGGUGAGAGUCUGUCAAAGACAGCUCCGUACCAGCGAGCUACUGCCACUAUACUGACCUUCCUGGUCAACAAUCAUCACAACAAGACACUGCUGCAGCCUGCUCUGCUCUGGGAAGAGAGAUUCAUUUCUUUCAUGAAGAACUGGACAGCGACAGAGAAGCCAGCGUACAUGGACGUUGCCUUCACCUCGGAGAGAUCUAUUGAGGAUGAGUUGGACAAGGAGUCUCGCUCAGAUAUUCUCACCAUCCUCGGCAGUUACAUCAUCAUGUUCGCUUACAUCGCCUUGGCACUAGGACAGAUUCAUCAGUGUAAUACCAUGCUGAUGGACAGUAAGAUCACCGUGGGGUUGGCUGGAGUGGUGGUUGUUCUCAUGUCGAUUGUCUGCUCUGUGGGAUUUUUUGGAUACAUUGGAGUACCUGCUACCCUAAUUAUUUUUGAGGUGAUCCCAUUCCUGGUGCUGGCUGUUGGUGUGGACAACAUUUUCAUCAUCGUACAGAGACAUCAGAGAGAGCCCAGACUAGAGGAAGAGACUACAGAGCAGCACAUUGGCAGAGUUCUGGGACUGGUCGGUCCAUCCAUGCUGCUCACCAGUGUGUCAGAGUCUUGCUGCUUCUUCCUAGGUGCAUUGUCCGACAUGCCAGCUGUGAAAGCCUUUGCGCUGUACGCUGCAAUGGCGUUGUUUGUUGAUUUCCUCUUUCAAAUUUCCUGUUUCAUCAGCAUUCUCACCCUGGACACUAAGAGACAUGAGGAACGUAGGCUAGAUAUGUUUUGCUGUCUCAAAUCGUCCAACAAAGCAGAAACUGUCAUUGAAGACGGAACACUCUUCAGUUUCAUAAGAGAUAGAUACGCCCCUAAACUGUUGUACAGUCGAGGAACACGAGCAUUUGUCGUGUUGGUGUUUGUUGCGUGGCUGUGCGUUAGUAUGUCAGUGUUACCAAACUUGACUAUCGGACUGGACCACAAACUGUCGAUGCCUCAAGACUCUCACGUCUACAAAUAUUUUACGUACCUGAGUGAGUUCCUGUCCAUUGGUCCGCCAGUCUACUUUGUCUUGACAGGCGAGAUGAACAUGAGUGAUACUGUAGUACAAAACACCAUCUGUGGAGGUCAACACUGCAACUCUGACUCUCUGUCGCUGCAGAUAUACAAAGCGACUAAAAUGUCCAACAUCACGUACAUCGGACGACCAGCCUCCUCCUGGAUGGAUGAUUACUUUGACUGGAUCGUGUCUCAGGAGUGCUGUAUGAUAUCUCCAAACACCUUGUCAUUCUGUCCUCAUUCUGGUGGUGAUGAUUGUGAUUACUGCACCAAGGUGAUCAACCCUGACCUGGCCAGACCUGACUCUACCACCUUUGACCGAUAUCUCUCCUUCUUCUUGCAGGACAACCCGGACGCCAGUUGUGUCAAAGCGGGGCACGCGGCUUACUCUCAGGCAGUCAAGUAUAGGCUGGAUGAGAGAGGGUACACAGUGGUAGAAGCGACUUACUACAUGGCCUACCAUACAAUACUGAAGUCAUCCAGUGACUUCUACGGGGCGAUCAGAGAGGCUCGUAAGGUAGCAGACAACAUUACUGAAACCAUCAACGACAAGCUGGUACACAUCGGGAGUAACGCCACAGCUCAUGUCUUUCCGUAUAGUGUGUUCUACGUGUUCUUCGAGCAGUACCUGACCAUGUGGCAGGACACUUUGUACAGUGUAGGGGUGUCUCUUGCUGCUGUGUUCCUGGUCACUCUGGUACUGAUGGGGCUAGAUCUAGUCUUGUCUCUUGUGGUCCUAGUCACCAUCACCAUGAUUGUCAUCAACCUCGGUGGACUCAUGUACUUCUUGGACAUCACACUCAACGCAGUCACCCUCGUCAACUUGGUUAUGGCUAUCGGCAUUUCUGUGGAGUUCUGCAGCCACAUCGUACAUGCUUUCUCUGAGUCUAUGAAGGAGACAAAGAUUUUACGGGCUGGAGAUGCUCUUGUCAAUGUUGGAACAUCGGUGUUUUCUGGCAUCACCCUUACCAAGUUUGGUGGCAUCAUUGUGUUGGGAUUUGCCCACUCACAGAUAUUCAAGGUGUUUUAUUUCCAAAUGUACAUGGGAAUAGUCGUUAUUGGUGCUCUACACGGUCUGGUAUUCCUACCUGUUCUGCUUACAUACUGCGGUUCGUCAGUGAACCCGAAGAAGCUGCUAUUGUUCGAGAGGGAGGAACGGAGAAAAAUGUUGGCCAGCAUAAACAGAGUAAGGGAGGGGUUACGGGACAGAGAGGGGCAUGUUCUGGACGAAGUGAAGCCUGCAUGAUCUUGCGCAUGUCUAGACGAGACAGUUCCUAACUCAGUAUUGGACCUUGUUCCUUGUGACUACUAGAAUUGUGCCUUUUAACAUAGGAUCUUCAUCUUCAGUGUGUCCACAGACAAUGAUUAUUGUGAGAGCUAUAUUUUAAUAGAACAUUAGAUACAUAGUUUGUAGUCAAUGUGAUAGUGUCGCUGCAGUGAAAUGCAUGCAGUGUUUGUAGCAUGAACUUUUCAAAUGUUACAGUGUGCCUCAGGCCGCUUGAGUACGGGCGACAUGAAACGUGUUUGGCCAAGUACGAGUUAUGAGUAUGUGAUAGGUUUUUUACCCAGACUCUGGGGAAUGUUACAAAAACUAAACAAAGCAAUUUUAUUUUUGUAUUUUUUAACACUUAAACACAUAGUGUUAACAUAAGUGAAUCAUUAAAAACACAACUAAGUGCUUUACAACUGGGCGAGGAUACAUAAAAGCACAGUUUGGAUCUAUAAACCUACUAUUGAAUAGUUACACCCCUGUUGAAAACAGUUUUAUAGAAACAAAAGUCAAUUUUGCAUCUAAUUUUGCGUGUUUUAAUGACGUCAUUGGCAUUUUUAAAAGUUUUUCUUUGUAAGGGAACGGUCCAAAAUCUGGGAUAACCAACACAUAUCUUUGCAUAGCAUUGUUAAUUUAUAACCCAAAGCCAAAUAGCAUUUGGAGCUAUAGCCUCUGGAUCAUUAUUGAACAUAGUUAAAAUCGAAGGCUUACCUUACGAUCCAAUUUAUUUUAUGGUGGGAACCUAGGUUUCUACGUCGUCAGUCCUUUGUCCCAUAGGUUGGCUAAACUUUAAGUUUUUCAUCCCUUACUUCAGAUAUAGUCGAUUUGGUAUAAUUUGUACAAAUAUUGAACACAUAUAAAUAUUUACUAAGACGUAAAUGAAAAGAUACAUGGCCAUAAUCUUCUUUAUCAAUCCUAACCUCCAAAGUUGGGCUGUUGACAUGUUUGUCCGGAUCGUAAGGCAAGCCUUAGAUUUUAACUAUGCCAAAUAGAAUUUGGGUCUAAACCCCUUGGGAUUGAACAAGCAACCUUCAGAUUUGAAGGCAGCACAAAAAUCCACUUCACUACCUCACACAGAUUUGUAAAAUUUUCUUUGAAAAUUCAAUCAGUUGUGGGGUGUGUGAUAGUACAAAAUCAAUAACUUUAAGAACAUAGUAAAUUCAAAUGGAAUUUCGUCGCUAGAUUUAGUGUAGGCCUAUGUUCGACCUAGGAACUUACGGAAAUAAUUAAAGUAAGUCAAGUCAAAUAUAAACAUAAUUGUUUCUACAGUUCUUGUAGAUUGAUCAAUAUCUACUUUAAAAUAUUCUCUUCAGAUUUCUGGACAUUCAAAAGGUAAGGUGUAGCCAAAUGGGAUUUUAGAGAAACUUGUAGAUCUCUGGCUUCAUGAUCUACCUCUGGUAUGAAUGCGUUCCCACAGAAAAAACAAAUUCACGUUUUAAAAAGCCUUUAUAAAGUAAAUAAAUAAAGGGUUAUUGUCUGAUCAAACUCAUGCAAAUAAUGUUUUGCAAUACAGUAAGUCUGUGACAAGACCUCACAUACUCUGUAACCGUACUAAGUCUUAGAUUUAGAUCACUGAAAAACUGUAGAACUAGUAACUGCCACUAUAAUAACUUACAGCCUUUUAAACUAUUUUAAGUUCCCUUUCACUUUAUUUAAGAUAUUUCUGCAUUUGUGUACUUGUUUUUAUUAUUGUUAGCUUACAUAUUUAUUCAAAAUGUUAUCCGAUUGCUUUAAACAUUAGGGACACUUCAACGAGUCAUGAUUUUUAAGAAGGUUGAGAUUUUUUAUGUACAUGUUUAGUGUUGUUAUUGUUAGUGCAUUUUGCUUAUGCUCUCUUUAGCACUGUAACUUGUUUUUAUAAGCACUUGAACUUUGUGAACGAAUGUUUGUUUUUUACUUAAUUCACAUUUUUACUCUUGGAGAUAAUGCUAGGAAAAGAAUUAAAGUAUAAUAAACUCAUAACUUGAGACUGUAAGAAUACCAAUGAAUUUUACCACUUAAUAAAAUAAUUAUUAAAGUAUGUCUUUUUAGGAGAUUGUUGUUUAUUGUUUAGAUUUUAAAAAACUAUACUGGGUGAAUCAGAUCAAACGUGCACAAACUUAUACGGGGUAUACAGCCUUUUGUUAAACUCACUGAUCAGGUAUACAAAUAUUUACUAAUCAUUUUAUUAGGGGGGGCAUAUUUGUUUGCUAUUUGUUAUGGGAUACUUCUAGAAUAGCUCAGGCACGCUUUUAUAAACGGGCAUAUGCCCAGGGGCGCCGGUGGUUUGGGUGCGCCCACUGGAUGCCCCCAAACCACCGCCUGCCAGCACUAGGAAAAAAGGGGGGCGCUGCUCUUGGGUUUGCCCAGGGCUCCACUGACCCUUAACGCGGCCCUGGAAUAGCUAGGGAUCCGAAAUUUUUUAUGGAGGUCCGUCUGGGUCCCAAACCACCCGGAAAAUCCAAAAAAUUACAUUUUCAAACUACGACCCCCCAAAAAAUUCCUUAUGUCCCCCUAUUUUGAGAAAAAAGUUUUUAUAGCUUUAAAGAUAGGCUCUACUCCUUGGCAUCUUUCAAAAAUCACACUCCUUCACCUUCAAAAAAUGCCCUACUUCUAAAGUUUUUAGAAUGUCUUGGAUUUUUUACGUGUUUUUAAUUUUUAAAUUACUUUUCGGACAUAUAAUUGUACUUUUAAUGAUCCCAACAUUGAAAGAAAAGUGCCUAAAGUGACAUUUUAAAACUGUAACCCACUAACGCUGUUGGGCCAAACCGUUGUGCAUGGGUGGUCUGAUUCACCCUGUAUACACAGACUUGUAGGUUAAGUAGGACAAACUGAAGGAAAAGUAUUUUUGUAAACUUUACCGUCCAAUGGUGAUACUUAGUCAAUACUCCUCUUGUAGGACUUAUCUUUCAACUAUAAAAUUAUUUUUUUAAAUUACCUUUGAGGUAGGUUGCAAUUAAACUUGGGAAUCUUCCAGUUGUAUCAUAGCUUGCUCUGACGAUUGAUUAUUGCGCCACUUUUGAAAGGUUAGCCAGCAUUUUUGCCAGUUCAACUCCUGAAGAUCAAGACUCGGACGUCUACUUUGACCGUAGAGGCCUUUAUCUUAUAGUUUGUGUUUUAGCAAAAAGACUACUUCCCUUGAAUUAGUUCAAAUAUUGAAAAUGAUGUAAUUAGGUCUACAUUUCAAUCUUAAUUUAGAUCAAACUGAGCAGUUUUUAAUUUUAAUUAGGUACUUGGCUAUUUUAAUACCUAAUAUUUUAAUAAAAUUUAUAGCAAUUAAUUAGUUACAAACAUUAAAGUAAUUUUAAUGUUAUAAUAUAGAUGUAAACAAAAUCAACAGUUUUUUUUUGUAUUCUUUGUUGAUGAUUGUUAUAUUUUACUUACUACUAUUUACUUUUUUAAGAUAUUGGUCUUAAAGAAAAGUGUUACUUAAGUCUUUAAAACUACUGAGCCAAGCUUACUUUUUGGAGUCAUAAAAUUUUUCAAAGUUUUUACUCAUGUUUUAGUCAUCAUUUUUGUUGUUGAUCACAAUUAUUAUUUUAAUGGAGUUCCUAGAUGUAAGUUUCAUCUUAAUUAGUUUCAGUUGAAGUUUUUUUCUGUAACAGAAUAGUAUUUAUGAGUAUUAUCAUUAUUUUGUAAAUUUAUAUUUUAAGUUGGCUAAGCAUUGGUUUUAUUCAGUAUUGAUAAGUUCUGUAUAAUUUAGCAGUCUCUAGAAGGUAUAAGCAUAGAUAAAACAUACUCCCUUAGUAGAUUUCCCAUCCUUAUGGAACAGCUGAAGCCAAUUUUAUUGUUAGUUCUGUCCGUUUUUCUGUAGAGGUCGUGUUUUGUUUACAAUUUGUUUCCCGUUAUUACAGCCAUUUAAAACCUCGUUUAACCAAAUAAUACGAUCUAAUCAUAAACAAUAACGUGUCCCCUAGUUAUAUAACCAAACAGUAAAGCACAAAUCAAGAAAUUAACCCUAAAAUAAUAGAAACAAAGUUUCGUCGACACUGGCCCCUUUGUGUCACGUACAUGAACUAGACACGAAAAACGUGCUUCAAAAUUUACAAUGGGAUGAGAAGUCUACUUGUGUUGGUUAGUCUAUGGUAUAAGUCAAUGAGUGAAAAAUUGUAUGUCUACUUUUGUCCAUCCUAUAAGAUAUACAUGCAUCUCUUUAACACAACUCAGCAUAUUUUUCAAAUCUUAUACGGUGUCAGUAUCCACCAAUAUUUUCAAUUUUCUGACAACAACCACAUAAUCGGAUAAAAUUCAGUACCUUUUGCGAUUAUGGUUCUGGCUGAUCUCAGCCUAGGAUGUCAAUUCAUCCGUCAUGGCAAGGAUAGUAUGUUAGUGAAGUCCAUCUGACAAAACAAUUGACGUCAAAUAUAUCGAUGGACAUUUUAAAAUCUAUUAAAACAGGGAAUCAAUUAAAGAAUCAUAUAUAUAUAAGUUGUACUAUGUUGUAGACAUCGAGUUUAUAACACAUGGUGGAUCUAUUUUCGUGUUGAAAGGUUGUUGGGGAUGGUAAAGAAUAUCAGGGAGGAAUUGGGUAAGAUAAGGCAGUCAAUUGAUAGUUGAUAGGUAGCCUUUCUUCUAAAAUAGUUUAGAGUUAAGAAUAUAAGUUAUUUUUAAGGCUCUUGAAAAUAUCUUUCCAAAAACUUGUUAUCAGCAGAUCAAAUUAUUCUUGUGUUGCUUCUACGACUAGUCGCUUUCGGUAUUAAAAUAAAGUAAACUACCAUGGCAUGCCUUUUACAUUUAAUCAAAUAACAAGACAAUUUUAUUUACUCAAUAGUUUGAUUAAACAGUAUUCAAGCUGUCACACUGGCUCGUGAGUAGAACAUUUAUAGUAGUUUUUAAAGUUGUAUGAAUUAGUUUAAAUUGUCAACAUACUUUAUACUUUUUUUGUAGGUGUAAUCUUUUAAUGUUGGGUACAAAGGUAGAUAUUCCAUCCAUAUGGGCUAGCUGUAGCCAAUGUUUUUGUUAAAAUAGUAGUUGAAUGAGCUGUUCAACAAUAUUUUUGUGUAAAAUUCUAUUUGCUAUGUUAGUUUUUGAUAUUUUAAAUUUAUGUAACAAAAAAUCCUAUAGCUUUCAUGAAGCUGUUCUUUCAGUUGGUUAAAAAGUCUCUGUAUAAAUCAGUUGAAAGUAACACUCUCUGUCGGUGGUUCGAUUCAACUACAAUUUGCAUUCUAAAACUAGCGCCAACUAUAACAUAGAAAUGGAAUGUUAUAUUCUUUCAACAGUCAAAGGUGUAAUGAAUUGCCUACAUUUUUCCAAUUGCUUUACUUCCUUAGACUGAUAAAUUGAUUGAACCCCAAAGUAAGACUAGUAUUUUUUUAACUUUUAAAACAUUGUUCACUUAACACGUUUACUGCGGCAUGUCUCCGAUCGGAGACAUCACCAUCCCCACUCGGGUGUGCAUGCCUCUGAUUGGAGUCAUUUUUCAUGGACAUUGUAAUGCGAUUAUAUUUCGUCUAGCUAUUGAAAAGAAUACGCAUAUUGUGCCUUAGCUCUUGGCGUGCAUGUUAACCGGGUAGUGGGUUUUUAAUUUUGUCUUGGUCAAGGUUAACACCAAUAUUCAUAUUUUCCACAGGGAUUUAUUUUCGCGUUUGUUGACAUUGUUCAUAUUCGUGUCUGUCGUAACACGUUAAACAUUUAAUGAUAUGGAUCAGAAUAAUGAUACUAAAUGUACUGUAGCAUUGUGGAAGGAACCUAAACUCAAAAUUUUGCUUGAUCCCUUUUUGCGGUAUGUUUUGUUGGUGUAUCCGGGUACUUCGCCCCUGCUUUUUCCCUCCAUUUGGCAAAACCGGAAGGCUUGCUAGCAGUUUUGUUUAGUGCUGCUAUCUAUUGGGUUUUUGUAAAACUAUGUCCACAACGACUGGGAUUAUAUAUACCUCUCCUAUGGGAUGAAACUAAAUUCAAACAUUUUCAUUUUCGUGCACUCAUCCACGCAGCGCAUUAGCUGUCCGCGCUCCUGGCAGCGGACGGCCAUCACGCAGCCACAGCGAACGUGUUAAAAUAGGUACUCAAUAAUCCAAUAUAAUUUUUUUGCUCAUUUUUUUGUUGACAGAGCAAAUUGUGACAAACUAUUGAGCCUUACGCUGCUCAAUCUCUACUCUCUACCCAAUCAAGUCUGACACUUUUUCAUAAAUAUGUACCAUGAUCCUCAUUGUAAGUUACCCAAAGAUUAAAGUUUCCUCAUUAUUUUCAUUAGACAAAUAACUGAAAAGACAUUGUAAUUGUUGAUAUUAAAUCAAUAAGAUUGAACUUAUCAAUAAAUGACAUAUUGUGAUACUAGUCAGUUUAUAGCUAAGUGAAAUGUAUACAGGUUUUGGACUUAGUCGAUGGCGAUAUACAACUAUUACAAAUCCUAUUUGUUAUGGCGUAGUCCGUUAUGUUAUUUAUUGUUUUCAUGUUUUAAGUUAUGAAAGAUAAAUAUUUUUGUGUUACCAAAGGAAUGGAUCAGGGUUGUAUUGAUAAGCUAGUUAAACAUUGUCUUUCUUUUUCCUCUUAUUCUCUUCUAUUUUUAAUUUAAAUUAUAUACAUUUUGUGUUUUUCGCACAACACUGUCCUUAAGAUGUUACUCAGCAAUAAUAAAUGUA